AUGGGCGACAUGUUCAUAGUCAGCAUUUUUUUUCUGCAUCUUCAAUUUCUUAUGCACUUCUAUCAUGACCACAUCAUUGUUACUAUUUUCUCGAGAAGAUAUUUUAUUUCUCUUUCUGCAGCCAUUCAGAAAAAACCGAUAACUAUGCGUGAGAAGCUGAAUUGUAGUGAUGAUAUUCAAGUCGAGAGAUUAAUACAUGAGGUGAAAGAAGAUAAAAAUGGGGUGGGAGUCGAUAAUGAAACGGAGGAAGCUGCUUUGGAUCCUGAUACUAGUACAAUGUCUGAAGAAAAUGAACCAGAGGAGGUUCCUGGUGAUAUGGACACUGGUCCUGAGGUGGUCAGAGGAAAGAAAAAGCUACAGAUUCAAGGCAAAUGGCGAGGGGUGGACCCUGUUGUUUUUUUCAGGGAUGAUGUCAUUGUAGAUGGUAUAAAGGCAUUCUAUGGUAUCAAGGAAUCCUUUCCAUUCAGUGGUCACCUUGUCACAAGAAACAGCGAUACUAACCAUGUCAAGAGAAUUUACUAUAUAUCAAAUUCUGUUAAGGAAAUUCUUGAACUGAAUUUCCUAGCUGGCCAGCAACUUAAGAUAACUUCCAUUGGCCUGAAGAUGUUUGUGAGUUUUUCGUUUACUGUGUUUGCUAUUUCUCUUGCUUGCCAGAGUGCCUUUUUGUUUGUAUAUUAA